AUGUCCGGCGAGCGAUCGUCCAGCUCACCCAUGCUAAUACUGGACAUCAGUGAGGCCGGUCCGGGUGGUGCCUCGAACACCACACCGGUUUACCCGAUAAAGAGGUCGCCCAGUAGCGACUCCCCAUCGAAGCUUGGUGAUCAGAAGUCGCCAACGCAACAACUGCAAAUGUACACCCAGCAGCAGCAGCAUCAGCCACAGCAGCAACAUCAUCACCACCAGCAGUUGCAUGUGCGCGCUCUACCAGAUCUGCAUCCUAUCGGACACUCGAUGGGUCAUCAUCAGAACCCGGAUUUUGGGGUGUUGAUGCCGCAACACUCGGCCAGCAGUGGUAUAGGGUCACCGACGAGUGACGCUUCGAUGUAUCAGGGGUAUCAAGGUGCUGGGCAGAUUCCGCUGUCUUCACUGCCGUGUUAUGGGCAUCAGCACAUGCUGGGACACGCGGAUCAGCCCCACCAGCUUCAUCUCCAACAUCAGACUCACCAACAGCACUCGCUGGACUCGCUACCAUCGAUCCUGGCGUCCUAUUCGGCGACGUGCGAGAGCGCUAAGAAACGCCGCAUGCUCGAUGCGGAUUAUGAUUACGAGUUUGAUCAAAGCUCACUCAGUCCAAAUGGUUCGUAUCAGCCGGAAAAACGGACGCGUUAUGACGCCUACGGUAGUUCGGUGUGGGCUUUCACACCGACUACGACAGUUCCAGCAGAGUACGUCCAUUCGGGUCCUUACACCGGAGUCAGUGGUGAGCUUUUGCUUCCACCAGGAACCGCUUCAAUGCCAAGUGUUCAAGACGAUGAAUCGUCCUCUAAUGGAUCCCGACUCGCCACCCAAACAGCCCACUAUGAGACGGCAUCGCCAGGAGCGUACUACCAAUCGGGUUUUACCUCACGGCCACCACUUCCGGUGUAUCCGCGCGCACCCACCGACAGUACGCCCAACCACAGCCCAACUGGAGCUGACAGUUCGCUAUCGGUUUGUUCCGGUUCUCCAGCCAAGCUGGACGAAUCGAGUUGUUCCGCUGGCAGUAAGUAUGGUUCGGCACCGCCUGCCACCCUACCCAAACGUACAUUAUCUCCAGCGGACACCGGUAAGCAGAGCGUAAAGGGAGAAGAAUCGACCACCAGUACCCGGAAGGACCGGACCGGACGAGAUCGGAAGCGUCCCACCAAAGUGUCGUUCACCUUCGAGGAGGUGCAAUCCCAGCGCGUUAUCGCGAACGUGCGCGAACGCCAGCGUACGCAGAGCCUGAACGAAGCGUUUGCGUCUUUGCGCAAGAUCAUUCCCACGCUGCCGAGCGAUAAGCUGAGCAAGAUCCAGACGCUACGGUUGGCCUCCAGGUACAUCGACUUCUUGUACCGUGUUCUGUCCAACAACGAAAUGCCAGCGAUGCCGGAGGAACAUAAAGCCGCAGCCGGAACCGGCGCCAAUCCGCAGCAGUUCACCGGAAGCGGCAUCCUGGCACACGAGAAGCUCAGCUACCUGUUCAGCGUGUGGCGCAUGGAGGGCGAAUGGAGCAACGGAUCGUCCGGUGGUGAAGGCCCUGAGCUACCCGAUGCUAGCGAUGGUGGUGUCGGCAAGGAAUGACUAGACGGGCGGUUCCGGUUUCGCUGAAUAAAAAACCGGAACCGGCGGUGAAGCGACCAUGAGGUUGAAGUUUUCGCUUCACCUACUCACUAUUCCUAGCGAACGCGAAACGUAAAACGUUGCUAAGCGAGCCGAGAUUCUGCGUGCUAAAACCGGCCUGCGGUGCGGGUUUCGGGCACUAGGACCGUAGAGCGAUUAGGGUGCUACGGCGAUAAGUAUUAUGUGGUAAUGUUAGGAGUAAGCUGUUAAAAUUACGUCGCCUUAAAUUAUCAUUCAAGUGACAAUUUGAGACGAACACACGAGCUUUCAUGUGGCAGCUAGUUUCCAAAGAACAAGUGAGGUUUACCUACACCAAGUCAGCAUUUCUAAAACCGAACACUGUUUGGUUCGUUCGACAACAGUUAAAUGACAUGCUAAUCGACCGAGUUCGAUGCUGAAAGCUUCCCACGAUGCAUUAUUUAUAGGUCAGUUGCGUUAGGGUUCCCUUUUUAAUACUGUGUCUCUUGCCAUACGUUGAGCAUGCGUUAACACUGACGUCCUUCAUCCCUGUUCGAACGCGGCUUUCGAACGGUGGAUAUCAGCAGGACGUCAGACGAGUAGUUUAGACGAGAAAUAAGAAGCUCUUCGAACGACGGUACCUUCGAACGUGUUUCGAAGCUAUCAGUCGCAUUUCUGAAGGCAACAUGAAGCAGGCCCCAGCAGACGUAUUCCUUUCGCCUAAGAGUCCACUAGCAACGUUAAGAUUUAGCUUGUAAGU